CAAGGAGAGAGAGAGAGAGAAGAAACGGGGUGUUGCCGCCUCAGAGACACACUCACGCAUCGCAGAGUAACAGCAGCAGGGCGAAGACAGAGCAUCCCUCCAUCCUUCACUCUGGGACUGCUUUUUUUGAAUUAUUGAAGCCGUACAAAAGUCUUUACAUUAUUCAACGUAAUCAAAGCCCGAGAUAUUGUGGAGGUACAGUGCGCCUCGUCAUAUCCAUCGGCACAGCGCGUUGACCGCAGAGGAGAGAGCUGUGUGUGGCUGUUUCAGCACCUCGGACAGAGAACAUGGCUCCAAUGCUGGAGGACGGAGCUCAGCUCGUGGCAGUGCCAGUAGGUGUUGCUGUGGUGAGUGUCUUCGGCCUUGUCUUCACUGUGUCAGCCUUUGCAUGGAUCUGUUGUCAGCGCAAGAACACCAAAUCCCAGAAGACACCUCCCUACAAGUUUGUGCACAUGCUCAAAGGGGUCGACAUCUACCCGGAGAGCCUCAGCGGCAAGAAGAAGUUUGCUGCUCCUGCCACCACGACAAGUAACGACACCAGUAAAACUGAUGUCAAUGGAAACUGCCACACUGUGUCACCAAUGAGUCCAUCUGACACCGGUAAACUGGCGGCAAGCCCAAAUGGUUCCAGGCCGGCUCUACAUCUGGAUCUGGAGAAACGGGAUCUGAAUGGCAACUUCACCACCAAACCAUUUCAUCACCACCACCAGAAGGUGCGCAGCUCCCCGGACCUGGAGCUGCCUUCUCCCCAUGCAGGGUUCACUCAACCUGGGGUGAUGGACCGCCGUGACCUCCCUUCACCAUCCAGCACCCUCUCCAGCCAGGCGCCCACUCCCGCUGUGGACAAGCCCCAGGGAGAAGAAAGGGAGGGCGGGCUAGGAACCCUCCACUUCUCCCUGGAGUACCAGCCAGAGAGGAAGGCAUUCAUUGUCCAUAUCAAGGAAGCCCAUGGCCUGACCCCAACUGAUGAACAGUCGCUGACCUCUGACCCUUACAUCAAACUGACCCUGCUUCCAGAGAAAAAGCACCGAGUGAAGACCAGAGUCCUGAGGAAGACUCUGGACCCUGCCUUUGACGAAACCUUCAGCUUCUACGGGAUCCCACUGGCCCGAGUGUCAGAGCUGGCCCUUCACUUCAUGGUGCUGAGCUUUGAUAGGUUCUCACGUGAUGAGGUCAUCGGAGAGACCCUCGUACCCUUGUCUGGGAUCGACUUAUCGGAAGGGCGUGUCCUGAUGAGCCGAGAGAUCAUCAAGAAGAAUGUCAAGAAGUCCUCAGGCCGAGGAGAAUUGCUGCUCUCCCUGUGUUACCAGUCCACCACCAACACUCUGACUGUGGUCGUCCUAAAAGCCCGCCACCUGCCCAAGACUGAAAACAAUGGACCUACAGAUCCGUACGUCAAGGUGAACAUGUACCAUGGGAAGAAGCGUGUUUGCAAGAAAAAGACCCACGUGAAGAAGUGCUCCCCCAACCCGGUCUUCAAUGAGCUCUUUGUCUUUGAUCUGCCCUCUGACGAGGGGCUGAGGGACACCAGCGUGGAGCUGCUGCUGAUGGACUCAGACACAGGCAACUCACGCUGCCCCAAUACUGUCCUCGGGCGCCUGGUGCUGGGCACAUCAGCGGCGGGCACGCCUGGCGAGCACUGGAGGGAGAUCUGUGACCACCCGCGUCGCCAGAUUGCCAAGUGGCACGCUUUGUCAGAGGAUUAGAGCGCCAGGGUGUUGUUGGUGGAUUCUGUUGUCCAUGUCCGAUCUGGUCCAACAAUGAGAGGGACGGAAUGAGGAUGGGCAGGAUUUAACAUCCUGCUAGUCAGUACCCAAUGGACUUUCAGUGUGGGAAACAAGGGGGAGGGGACUUUGAUGUUGUGGGGAGGGUCAUUUGAAGUGAUGUCAUCACUCAAUCAAUCAUCUAAUCACUUAUCUUUGAAGUUAUCGGGGUUCAGCAGGGAGGGCGGGGCAUAACAAAGGGAACCCCAUAGCUUUAAACGAUCCCAAAGACUGUCACCGAAAACCACCUGGUAACAUGCAGCAUCAUCUCCAUGGCAACAACCAAUUGUCACUGUAACCGUGUGCAGUGCAGAAUGUCUUAAAUGUCGCUAUUACUCUUCUUCUUUUCUUCCUCUGCUCCUUCUUCUUCUCUUUCUUCGGCUCUUCCUCCUAUAAAUAGUAAUCUAGUCCAACAUACGAAAACCAGAAUGAACCACAUCUGACAAUGCUGUAAAAAAUGUGGAUUAUUAAAGUUUAUUUUAUAACGACAAUGUUUUCUUCAUAAAGAUGUAGAUUGUUUUUAUUUAUGUUCUUGUUUUGUACUCUUAUGGUUGAUUUGUUGAACAUGUUUUGUAAGUAUAAGUGGUAUUUCAUAUAUGAUUACUUAUUAAGUACAAGAAAGCCUAAAUUAGGUGGUCUGAGAAAAGACUGGAACAGACUGAGUGCACUGGGGACAGUUCAUUGUGGAUGCAUUUAUGUGUGUGCGUGUGCGUGCGUGUGUGUUUCAAUAUGAGAGUGCUUGUGCUGAGGUGAGUGUGUGUGUAUGGGUGCAUGUGUGUGAGUUAGCUCUGCAGAGAUGUGAGCCACAUAAUGUUUACUGUAGGUGUUUUGUCCCCCUUACUGUGAGCACAAAGACAGCUGAAAUGUAAAUGUAUGUACCUUACUAUAAAAUAUGGCAAGUUC